AGAUAUGAGUCGGUUUAGCGGAUGCAACACUGCUACCUGCUGCUUCCAGUCGGUCACAGUGCUCCAUUAGCUCACAAGGCUAACAGGCGCAUCACACCAGAGAAGUUCUACAUAGAGGCUCUUGAUGACGGAUCUGAGGAUGUUCUGGCUAUCGACAAGGUGUCGACCGAGACCACUCUCACAGUGAGGAGGGACAUCCCUGCGUCUGCUGAGACCAGGCCGAUAUGUGGACUCAUGGGGACGAUCCGCCUGGUGGCAGGCAUGUACCUGGUUGUCAUCACAAAGAAGAAGAAGGUGGGGGACCUGCUGGGCCACACUGUGUGGAAGGCCGUGGACUUCGACAUCAUCUCCUACAAGAAGACCAUACUGCACCUGACGGACAACCAGAUGCAGGACAACAAGGCUUUCCUGUCCAUGAUCAACAACGUGCUUCACACAGACGGCUUCUACUUUGCAACGGAUUACGACCUGACCCACACCCUGCAGCGCCUGGCCAACACCAGCCCUGAGUUUCAGGAGAUGAGCCUUCUGGAGAGGGCAGAUCAGCGUUUUGUCUGGAACGGCCACCUGUUGAGAGAAUUCAUCGCACAGCCAGAGCUACACAAGUUUGUGUUUCCUGUCCUCCAUGGCUUCAUCACCAUGAAGUCGGGCUGCAUCAACGGAAAGGUGUUUGAUUGGAUCAUCAUCUCCAGGAGGAGCUGCUUCAGAGCCGGAGUCCGCUACUACGUCCGAGGCAUUGACUCAGAAGGCCACCCUGCUAACUAUGUGGAAACGGAGCAGAUAGUGCAGUACAACAGCGCCAAGGCUUCGUUUGUUCAGACGAGAGGCUCCAUCCCCUUCUACUGGUCCCAAAGACCCAACCUCAAGUACAAGCCCAAACCACAGAUCAACAAAACAGUGAACCAUUUGGACGGAUUCCAGAGACACUUUGACUCACAGAUUAUUCUCUAUGGAAGACAAGUCAUUUUGAACUUGAUCAACCAAAAGGGCUCAGAACAGCCACUGGAGCUGGCGUUUGACAAGAUGGUGAGCAGCUUGGGUAACGGCAUGAUCAAGUACAUAGCCUUUGACUUCCAUAAGGAGUGCAGCCGGAUGAGGUGGCACCGCCUGCAUAUCUUAGUUGACAUGGUCGCGGAAAUGCAGGACGAAUUUGGAUAUUUCCUGGUGGACGCAGACGGGAAGGUGAUGUUGACACAGGAAGGGACAUUUCGGAGCAACUGCAUGGACUGUCUGGACCGCACCAACGUCAUCCAGAGCAUGCUGGCCCAACGCUCGCUGCAGUCACAGCUAAGGAGAAUUGGAGUCCUCCACGUGGGCCAGCAGAUUGAGGAGCAGGCAGACUUUGGCAAGAUGUUCAAGAACGCCUGGGCAGACAAUGCCGACGCCUGUGCCAAGCAGUAUGCCGGUACUGGUGCCUUGAAGACUGACUUCACCAGGACAGGGAAGAGGACUCAGUGGGGGCUGGUGAUGGACGGCUGGAACUCCAUGAUCCGAUAUUACAAAAACAACUUCUCCGAUGGAUUUAGACAGGACUCCAUCGAUCUGUUCCUGGGGAACUAUGCUGUGGACGAAGCUGACUGGGCCACCCCGCUGCGUGACCCCAAAGACUGGAAGUUCCUGACGUUGCCUAUCGUCAUGGUGGUAGCAUUCUCCAUGUGUAUCAUCUGUCUGCUAAUGGCUGGUGAGACGUGGACUGAGACGCUGGCCUAUGUUUUGUUCUGGGGAACAGCCAGCGUGGUGACGGGCGGCCUCAUCCUCUUUAAUGGACUGGACUUCGUAGACGCCCCCAAGCUGGUCCUGAAGGAGAAGCUGGACUGAAUGUGUGCGUGUGGAAAGCAGCUUGGCCCUGGCGAUCUCACCGCCUCAUCCUCUGGCUCUUCGUCACUUUACCCCCAGCAUCAGCAACCGCAGGCCUGGAGCCUUUACUAACAGACGGGGUGGGGUGGAGUGGAGGAUGGCGGUGGGAGGCAGGGGGCCGGGCCUCGUGCGCAACAACGGCGAAAAAAAAAAGACAGGGACUGGGAGUGCACGGGCCGGCUGCUGUCCACACUGAAGCUACUGAAAUGUGGACAGGACUGUCUGUCUGCAGUUUUACAUGAAACUAAACCUCUGGAGUUUGUUCUUACCGGAUGUGAUUGUUUCCCUUUUUUCAGAGGAAUGCUGUGGGACCUAUACGUAAAUGUCAGUCACAUUGAAUUCUCUUAAUGGAUGUAUUGGGAUCAGUUAAUUUGCCUUUUGUCUUUUAAAUUUUUUUGCAUUGCCAAUAUAUGUUCAUCCAUGCACAGAUGCUCUGUCCACGGUUAGACGCUGCCUGCUUUGACCGAUUCAAGACCAGAAACGGGUCAUUGAGUGGGUCCAAAGGCUCCAGGAAAUCCGGCCUUCUUUGGCGACAACUUCAGUUACACAGCCAGUGUAUAAAAAGAAGUCCUCAGUAUCCCCAACGUCUUUUGGCAACUUGUUGGAUAGUGCAUUUCAGCGUUCUUUUAUCACUUCAUAUAGUCGUGAAAUACAUCAGGUAUACUGUAUAUUUAACAUGUGUUUUUGAAAAUCAUCUACGUCUUUGGUUGUCAUCAGUAUACAUCAUCAUAAAAGGUUGAUCAGUGAAAAGGCCACUGCAGAGUGUAAAUGAUGCUGGAGAAGGCAGAAACGAGCUCCACUGUUUGGAGUUGCAGUUGAGUUAAGUACCAUUUACACUCUGCAGGAAUUCAGGGACGGCGUGUCAGUUUCAGCUUGUUACAUGCUUACAGUAUCUUUUCACACUAAAAUUCCAGCGAAGGUUUACUUAUUUUUUAGGUUUACUUGCGCAACAGAACUACUUGGUUAGGUUCAGGCAGCAAAAACAAGUUAGGCUAAGGAAAAUAUUGUGUUUUUAAAAAAUAUCUACUGUGGUUACGCAACAUAUCUGUGUAAGUUACGUAACUAUGUAAACUCCAUAACUACGUAAAUUAAGUAACUAGUUAAUUCCGUAAACUACGGAUGUUGCGUAAUUUUUUGCUCUUAAAUAAGUCAUUUGUGAACAAGAAUCAACAGAACCUAUUGUUACACAGUAUUGUUAACAUUUUAACUCACUAAAGGGAUGCCGAAGACACUACACUAAUUAAGGGCAGCAGUAGGAAGUGAAGUUGCAAGUUGGUAUUUCAGAGCGGUAGCAGCAGGCUAGCAGCAAUGUUUAGGUAUUGAGCUACAAACGUGAUAAUUCCUUUACAAUAAUAUUGUUGGUUAGUGCGUUUGUGUAAUUGGUCCUUGUAGCCUCCCGCACUUUCUUUAAAGCUAGUUUCGGUAAUGUUGAGAAACUAGCAAGAGUACGCUAGAAAACAGCCCAAAGUGCCAACUCUUUUCCUAUGAAAUUUGCUAACAGCACAAGCUCCCAAAAUUUGUUAAUCUAGCUAUAAAGUCGUCUGACCCACCCUUUCAGAACUUCCUCCAAAGCCACUUGCCAAAAAUUACCACAAUGGAUGUAAACAACAAACAUGGCUGUUGUUAGCACUCCAAGCUGUCGAGCUAGCAGCUUGUGGUGACGCGCAAUGAGUGGACAGGCAUUAAGCACAUAAAAUCAUUUCUUUGUGCGACAGCAACCAGAUUUUAAUUUUCUUUUAAUUUUGUCUGACCAUUUUAACUAUUGAUUGCAGUCAGGAUAUAAUUAGAUUUUUAAUGAAAAAUGUUUUAUAAGAAGAUUAACAACCCUAGCUUUAGUGAUCGGUUGGAUAUUGGAUGUUGUUUCUGCAACCUUGUGUUAGCUUUCUGCUUACAAUCUGAUUCUAAAUAACACUUGGUUUGUUUUAGGAUGGAGAUGCAUGGAUAUACUUCAGAUUUGGCCUGUUAUGUUAUCUGUGACAUUCCUAAAUAUAUUUGAAACGUUAACAAUCUUGUUUAAUGUUAUGUUCUGUUGGGUCGUAUAACUGGAGAGCAUUAAUUUCAUUUUUUCACCAGCCGGGCUCUGGGCUCUUAUCCUGUGCAAAGAGAAUGUUCAACCUGAUGAGGAUCACACAAAUGCAUUAUUAAUUUUGACUCUGUAAAUGUAGAUUUUUGCUUCUUGAUCAAUGGGCCUCAUGCAAGUGUUUUAAGAGAAUAUUGUAUUUAGAAUUCUGUCUUAGGUGCAAACGAAAAUCAUUUGAGUGGUCCAGACCUGUAGCACGAGUCAUGAACUUUUUUGAUUUAAAAAUUGUUAUGCCUUAAUCUGAAUGAAUUUGCAGUUUAAAUAUGAUACUGAAACGAGCUCAAAUAAAAUAUUUAAGACAAAUUUACAACAAAACUAA